ACCCUUAUUCUGAAGCCUACUCAAAGGCUAAUUACUGUGACGUCAUUUCCAUGCGGACAUGCCUGCAAGGCUAACCAAAUACUCGAAACAAAAACAAUGUGGAAGGAUGUCUUUGUGAUAAGCAACGAAGUAUUUCAUUAAUAAGUUAAAAUGGUGUCUACAGAUUUUAAAGGCCUGAUCCAGAGGUUUUACCAGCUUCAGUCAGAGCGUCUGGAGGCAUAUCGACUCUUUGAGGAAGGACACGAGGCCUACCUGAGAACCAGCCCCCAGUAUGACUUCGACCACUACAAGCAACUGGUGCACGAGAUAACCAAGGCCUUCAGUGGCAUCUCUCUGGAGGUGCUAGACAUAAAGGAGAAGUUCCACCAGCAGUUCGACCGACCCGACCUUUCAGAGCACAUUGAGAAACUGCAGUGCAAAGAGAAGCAGAAGCUCGAACUGACAGCCCAGCUGCAGCUGGCCAGACAGCGUGCUCAGGAUCACCCUGAAGACGACGCCUGUCAAGAGAAGAUCCACAAGCUCAAACACGAGCUCAUCACGAACAAAGAGGCACUAAGCGACAUCAUGCAAGAUUUUAAGUACGACUCGGAGGAGUGUGAUUGACAGGACAACUAUACUAUACUUCCUCUUUGGACAGGACAGCUGCAUGUAUUGAUCCUGCUCUGGCUCCGCCCUCUUUCUGCUGCAGUCUUAUUCCACACUCAUUCAGCCUUUCUUCUUCUGCAUGGUGUUAUGGCAGGUCAGGACUAAUGUGUCAAUGUUUGCAACCUUUUAAGAUUACAGUAAAUGCUUAUCAAACAAUAUAGUACUGUACAUUUCAUCUACUCCAUUGUUUUCACCAACUGUCAUAAAAGUGUUAAAAACAAGCUAAUCACUGCUCAUAUUAAAAUUAAACAAAAAUAGAGUUAAUCCUUUGUUAGU